CAUUCCGGCUCAAGUGUGUUGGUCCUGCACUCAGAGGCGUAAACAGCUCGGCGGAGGUUUGGGAUUACACCCCGCAGCGCAGGGUCUGCAGACUUCGCGCAGCCACGGUCAUCUCAUGCCCCCACCAUGGGUCAUAAAGUGGUUGUGUUCGACAUCGCUGCCAUCCGAGGCUUGUGGGAAACUCGCGUCCGGAAGCACAAAGCUUGGCAGAAGAAGGAGGCAGACCGGCUGCAGAGAAGUGCCCUGGAGAAGAUAAAGGAGGAGUGGAAUUUCGUGGCCGAGUGCAGGAGGAAAGGCAUCCCCCAAGCUGAGUACUGCAAGAACGGCCACGUAGACACGAGCGUCAGGCUUCUGGAGAAGAUCGAAAGGAAUUCUCGGGCCUGGCUGGGUCCGCGGUCCCAGGAGAGGCAGAAGAGGCGGAAUCCGUUUGUGUUCGAGCUCUGGGGACCGCAGUGGAAGGAGCUCCCAGAUUCGUUGAAGGAGCAGACACACCUGAAGGAAUGGCACAUAGACAGUACCCUGAUUCAAAUCAUUCCAAGCUACAUCGAGCUGUUUACUGCGAUGAGAGUUCUGGAUCUGCCCCAAAACCAACUCUCAGCUCUGCCAGCGGAAAUUGGGUGUCUGAAGAACCUGAAGGAACUCAAUGUGAGUUUCAACCACCUGAAAAGCAUUCCCCCGGAAGUGGGAGACUGUGAAAAUCUGGAGAAAGUGGAUUUUUCCGGAAACCUCGACUUGACUGAGCUCCCCUUUGAAUUAAGUCAUUUGAAGCGAGUUACGUUUAUCGAUCUCUCAGCCAACGCGUUUUCCAGCGUCCCGAUCUGUGUCUUGAGGAUGUCUAGUCUGCAGUGGUUGGAUAUCAGCAGCAAUCAUCUAAAUGACCUGCCGCAAGACAUAGACAGGCUGGAAGAGCUGCAAGCCCUCCUCUUGUACAAGAACAAGCUGACCUAUCUCCCUGACGUCCUGCUGAACCUGAAGAAGCUCUCUCUGCUCGUUGUCAGUGGGGACUGUUUGGUGCAGCUGCCCACUGCCCUCUGUGAUGCAUCCACGCCCCUAAAAUUUGUCAGUCUUAUGGACAAUCCUAUUGAUAAUACCCAAGGUCAAGAUGACGAUGAGGUGCUGGAGAGCGAACAAGAUCGCCAACAUUUUGAUAAAGAAUUUAUGAAAGCCUAUAUUGAAGAUCUUAAAGAACGAGAGAGUGUGCCCAGCUAUACCACGAAAGUAUCCUUUAGCCUUCAACUUUGAUACCACCUGUUAGAAGAUGGCCAGAUCCGACUGUCCUGUGACAUGUAAAGCCACGUGUGAUGCGCGCGUCAUGGCAUACCGAGAUGCUAGCUGCUGCUUCAGGACAAAGCCUAGAAAUGAUAGCCCUCGUUGUUAAGAAGAUGUUCCCCACUAGUCAUCCAGGAAGGAAUACCGUCCAGUGCAGACUAGAGAACAGGCAAGUGGGCUGAUCUCUUGACAAGUUCAUUAAUCCGGACACCAUUCUUUCCAAGCAGUGUACCACUUACUAUUUGAGAAAAUGUAUCAUAGUACACAAGUAUAAUUUGAAGACCAAACUCUGAAGUAGACAGCGUGGUGUUCAGAAAUCAAGGGAUGGAAGCGUUGGCCACGAGCGUUUCUACUGCACUAAUCAGAUUGGUUUUACUUGGCUAUUUUGCAUCAUUUCUUUUACUACGAAUUAUGCUCCUUAGGUUGAUACAAAGGACUAUUUCUAUCCUUAAAAAAAUUUACAUUUUGGAAAGUGGAGGCUGUCCUUAGAGCCUUCAGGAGAGACUUUCUGUAGACGUCGGGCGAUGAAGGCAGGAAGGGCUGGGACAUGUGAUACUCAGAUGAUGCAUUGGCAGCCCUGGUCCAGGAUGCAUGGGCAUGGAUGCCCACAGCAAACCUUGCAUUGGCAGCCCUGGUCCAAGAUGCAUGGGCAUGGAUGCCCACAGCAAACCCUGCAUUGGCAGCCCUGGUCCAGGAUGCAUGGGCAUGGAUGCCCACAGUAAACCAGGAUGCAUGGGCAUGGAUGCCCACAGCAAACCUUGCAUUGGCAGCCCUGGUCCAGGAUGCAUGGGCAUGGAUGCCCACAGCAAACCUUGAAUUGGCAGCCCUGGUCCAAGAUGCAUGGGCAUGGAUGCCCACAGUAAACCAGGAUGCGUGGGCAUGGAUGCCCACAGCAAACCUUGACUUGGCAGCCCUGGUCCAAGAUGCAUGGGCAUGGAUGCCCACAGUAAACCAGGAUGCAUGGGCAUGGAUGCCCACAGUAAACCUUGCAUUGGCCUACGUAGAAGGCCAUCCUGCUCUGAGCGGAAGCCUAGACAACUCUGGUACCCAUCUCAGAGCAAGGAGCUGGGGUCAUGUUCUCAGGGCCCGCUCCUCAUUUCACCCCCACAGUGGCCAUGGAGGGUAAUCAGGGCAACUAAUCCCCAGUGAUGAAAAAUUCCUAACUGUACCCAAAGAAUUCCGUCAUGACCAGGAUGCGACAGCCCAGAGGGAACCCUGAAGACUGUGUUUACAUUGGCCGAGAUGGGGCUUGUUACUGACUCUUACAUCAAAACAUGUGCAUUAGAAGAACUGGAUAAAUAUGUCAGGAACCCUGGUGGUGUAGUGAAUUCCAGGCUGGGCUGCUAACUACAAGGUCAGCAGUUCGAACCCACGUACUGCUCCUCAGGCGAAAGACGAGGCUUUCUGCUCUCCUGUGGAUGUGCAGCCUCAAAAAAUCCAUAGGGCGGCUCUUCUUGGUCUGUAGGGUUUGAUUGGACGGCAAUGGAUUUGGUCUUGGGAUGAAACUAGCAGGAUUCUGACGGACUCUCUUUGAUAACAGCUUAACCAGGCACAUUUUCACCAGCAAGGAAGAAAGGUAUACCAAACCUCAGAUGUAUUGGUAGCUGAUUUGAUGGCAUAUUCCUCUAGAACUGCCACCGUAAUGGAAAUAGCCUAUUAUGCUCACACCCUUCAACAGUGGUGUGAUCAGACACGUGUGGUUCCCGAGCACUUGGAAGGUGGUCAGUGUCGUGAAAGAUUUCAUUUUCUUUCAUUGUAAUGGAUAGGACUCCCCCAUCGGAUGGCACAGAUCUAGCUGUUUGGGAUUUUUAGAAGUUAAUCUGAGCUAGAACUGAAGGGUGACUUUUACAUUUUAUUUUCUCUGAAGAGCCAGUGUGUACUUAUUUUCUCUGAAGAGCCGGUGUGUACUUAUUUUCUCUGAAGAGCCAGUGUGUACUUAUUUUCUCUGAAGAGCCGGUGUGUACUUAUUUUCUCUGAAGAUCCGGUGUGUACUUAUUUUCUCUGAAGAGCCAGUGUGUACUUACUUUGACCCCCUCUAGCUUAUGUUGGGGAGGACCUCGGCAGGAUUCUGAGUGUCACAGCAGAGCCUUCCAUCAGCCACUGGAUUGAGCUAGAGGAUUGCUGCAACUGAGAAAUAAACUCUGAGUCGUCAAGGAAGAGAAUAAAAAGAGUAGGGAAAUCGGAAGUGAUUUUCAUUGAAUCUUAAACAAUUGUAUUUCCCUUUUUAAUUCUUAAAAAUGUAAUUCAAAUGUAGGCUUGAACAACUGUGGAAUGUUGUUCCAUGCUAAGUUAUAUAUCCUGUGUAAUCAAAAACUGUUUCUGAGAAGGGGAGAAGGGUGGGCUUUCAUGCAAAUUAACCAUGCACAUUUGAUGUAAAUUUUAUUUCAAUAAACUCAGGCUUGUGCAAAACCCUUGCCUUGAUGUUACAAAUAAGUAAGUGAAAAAUCAUUGUAGUCAUGAAAUGUAUUUUGUAUUUAAUAAUCCCCAAGCAAAUAUAUCAUUUGAAUAUAAUACUCUUAGUGAUAAUAUUUCUGUUAUCAUUUUUGUAAAUGUAAAAAGGCUGAAAUAUUUCAAAGUAGACUAUGCAUCUUAGUGAACAUAUAUAGAUUUGAAAGUUGUAAUUGCAAAUUUCACAUUAUGCACAUAGACAGGUACAUAAUUAGGAAAAGUCUUAACAGAAUAUAUGUAUGAACAUUAAAACAAUAUGGAUACAAGAAUAAAUAUACUUUUUUUCCCCUU